GAGAAAAAUAAAAUUUAAAAACAAAAAAAUAAAAUAUCAGUUGACCUGUGAUGUCAACAAGUGGAUAAGUAUUUAAUGUAACAUUGAAAUUAUUCAGUGAUUGUUUGACAAUCAUUUGGUUAAGAUGAAUUUAAAAUUUUUAACUCUGACGAUAUUUAUAUUUUUAAUAAAUACGGCAGUUGGUCAAUAUGGUGUAAAAGGACGUCAUAAUCAACAGACGACACUAUCAAGUCGUCCAGCCAAUGAGACAGGAUAUUGUUACAAAAAAGUUCCUUAUCAACAAGGUAGAUCAACUGGUAAUCGUGCAGAAAGCGGAUAUAAUAAUGACAAUGUGCAAUUGACAAAUGUAAAUGGCUGGACAGUUAUUUUAGACUGUUGUGAUGGUUAUGAGCGUAAUGAAACCACUGGUCGUUGUGAAAGUAACUGUGAGACAAAUUGUUUCGGUGGAAGUUGUAUUGAUGGUUCAUGUACUUGUCAACAAGGCUGGCACCAUGAAGAUGGUGUUUGCAAACCAAUAUGUAUCAAUGGAUGUCCAGAUAGAAAUUCAUACUGUUUUGCACCUCCAAAUGUAUGUGAAUGUAAAUUUGGAUGGGAAAAAGUUACAGACGAUCAAUGUCGUCCAGUUUGUCCUGGUGGCUGUGUCAAUGGACGGUGUAUAGCACCAAGAGUUUGUGAAUGUAGCCCAGGAUAUAUUUUGAAUGAAGGUAGACAAAUUUGUGAAGCAGUAUGUGAAGGUGGAUGUCCUCAUGGUGAAUGUAAACAGCCUGGUAUUUGUUCAUGUAAUUCUGGAUAUGUGAAUCCACCUGGUGAUAGAGAAACAUGUCAACCAGAUUGUGGCCCAUUAAAUUGCGGUGGUCAAAGUCAAGGACAAUGUAUAUCACCAAAUACAUGUAUUUGUUCGCCUGGUUACACACGUGGUGAACAAAAUAAUUGUAUUCCUGAAUGUAAAAAUGGUUGUCCAAUAAAUUCACGGUGUAUGUCUCUGGACAGAUGCAUUUGCAAUGCUGGUUUUGCUCUUGAUUAUAGAGAUAAUAAAUGUGUCCCUCUGGACAAUCAACAGGGACAUUCAACUGUACAUCCAAUCAAUGGUAAUAAUCAUCAAGAUAAUAAUCAGCCAUCAAAUCAACGUGGUGAUGUUUAUCAUCAUGAAAAUGGUCAACCAUCAAAUCAACGUGGUGAUAUUUAUCAUCGAGAAAAUGGACAACAACCCACUGAUAUUUAUCAUCGAGAUGAAUUUCAUUGUGAACGUCCUUGUAUAAAUGGUGAAUGUAUGGGAUACAAUAUUUGUAGUUGUAAAAAUGGAUAUGUUCCAGAUCCUUAUGAUUUAACAAGAACACGUUGUAUACCAUUUUGUUCUGGUGGUUGUCCAAAUGGUGUAUGCUCUGGACCUGGUUUUUGUAUUUGCAAACCCGGCUUUGUCAAGGAUCGAACUGGUGUCAAAGGAAGCCAACGAUGUAUUCCUCGAAUUGAUUAUUAAAAAAUUAAUUAAAAGUAACGAAAAAAAUAAUUAUAUUUUAAAAGCUUUUAGAGCUUAAUAAAAUUGAAUGAUAUUUAUGAGUUUCUAUUGAAAAAUAAAUUGAAAUUAAUAUUUAAUUUAUAAAAUUCUAUAAAUCUUUAUCUGGUUUCUUUUUAUAAAAUAAAUAUAUAUAUAUUGAUUAGAGAAA